UUUUCAAAGACUUCCAACAGAGCAGCUGCCGUUUUUUUUUCGUGGCGGUGCAAGUUUGAACAGGAAUUGCCAGCAAUUUAGCAUUAUAUUUUGUAGUAAAAGUGUGAUUUUUAUUCAAAAUGACUCGCACAAAGACCGGCCGCCGGCUGGUGAGCAAAAAGCGCGGUUCCGUCGACGAGAAAACCCGAAUCGCCAACAAAAUGCGCGACUUCGAGGUGACGGUUGAUUGCGAGUUGGCCAAUCUGGAGCUGAAAUUUCGAGACGAAAUGGAUCGCGUUCAGCGGUUGGUCGAUGGGCUAAAGACCAGAAUCCCGAAGAAAUAUCUCACAAUGACCAUCAAUCAGAUCAGAGAAUAUCAAGAAGAGGCAGAGAAGAUCGAAGCGUCCUUCUACGGCGAUCGCACCGCCGUCAUGGCCGCCAACCUGAGUGUACUGCUGGAGAAAUCCGCUCGCAAAAAGUCCAAAGAUGACGGGUACCUUACAGAGGAAAGUGACCACCCGGAGCGGCUGUCCGCGAUGUCGUCGGCCUCGAAGCGCGUCGGUCCGCUCAUGUCGGCCAAGUUCCGACGCCGCAGCAAGUCGGCCGGUGGAGUCACCAACACGUCCACCGUCAAUCGCAGCUUGUACCAGAACCAGACGGCUACGCUGGUGGAUCGAUCGGCACUGGGGAAAACCCUCGGAACCAGCGUGCUGGCCAAGGAUCGUAACUCGAGAGCCAAAGCCAAAACCCCGAUGCCAAACCGUCCGAAGGCGAUCAGCGUGGAUCGAAUCUACGGUGCCAUCACGCCCAAGGUGCAACCCAACUCAGCGAUGGCCAUCCUCCGUCACGCCCGGCUGGGCGAACCCGUCUAUGCCAUCACUGGAAGUCCGGUGAUCACUGCCAACAUUCUGGAAUCGACCGCUAACGUAAACAUCCCCGUCGAAAACGGCAUGCUGUCGAUCCGGCCAACGGAGAUGGGCACCGUCGACCCGGCCAUGGUCAGCAAAAUCGAUCCGCACGUGCUGGCCGAGCUGAAGCAGCUGCAGGAGAACCUGAACGUGAUCAUGCGGACGCUGAAGCUGUAGAGCUGAGGAGUGUGCGCGCGUCACAAUUAUACAAGUUAUUAUUUUCUCGUGUAUUUUGUAGGACUUGCCUAAAGGCUUAUUGCGUCGCGUUCAGAUGCAUUGCUGCCGUGUUUGUGACUCAUUCUUAUUUCUUUCGUAUAUCUUUGUACAACGACUCAUUUAUAUUCCUUUAACUGACAUAUACAAUUUUAACAAUAAAAGAAUAUUUUUAUCAAUUUGAAA